AUGUGGUGGGAAAUGGAUAGCGAAAAUCAGAAAAUAAGCGAACAAACCGUGAGCACCGUAGAUGUCUACAAGGGACUCUCAUUGCCGAAACGCAUCGAAAGCCCUUAUCAAUUCACCGGAUACGGAUCACAGCAAGACGGUCGCAACCCCAUUUACAGAACUUCGAACUCCGACUACGGUUACUAUCCACCAUGCCCGCAUACAGUUCCGCACAAGUAUUUUCCGAAAUCACACAAAUUCACUGGUCAUCUUCACGAGUGCGGCAUGUACCGCAACUAUUCCCUAAACACUGCCGUGGAUCGUCCUUACUGCAAAUUCAACGAAUAA